ACUAACUUCUGCUGUUAUUAAUGUUUUCCUGCACAGCUCAGCACUUUCCAUCCCCUGGAAUGACUAUAAACGAGCGAUUCACCAUGUACCAAAGACGAGCUGCAGAGAAGGAAUUGAUGAAGCCAAGAAAAAGCCCAGAGAUACACAGGAGAAUUGACGUUUCACCAAGAGCUUUUAAGAAACACUCUCAACUUUUUGAGGCGAUGAAAAGCUCAGAGGAUGGCACUUACAAGGACGUCGUGGAUAAAGUGAAGGAGGACCCAAUGGAUCUUCGUUUGGAUAUUGAACGGCGUAAAAAAUAUUCCAGCCAUGACAGAGAGUAUAAACAGGAUCGGGGAAGAGAUGUGGGAGAGUCCCCUGAUUCUAGUAGAGAGAGAUCUUUGGACAAGUUCUCGAAAAGCCGCAAGAGAUCAAAGAAAAGUGAAAAGAAGCGCAGUCGCUCAAGUUCAUCUUCUUCCUCCUCGUCUUCUAAGACCCAAAAAGAAGAUUUGCCCCAUGGCAAGUCUGAUCCCAAAGAAAAAGCCUUUGACAGAGGCAGACUGGGUCAAACGGAGUCAACAGGACCAGAUGAAGGAGGAAGGCCUCGCGGAGGAUUUCAUGUCCGAAUACGCGGUCGGAGCUGGAACGGAGGCAAUAAUCAAGGAAACAGUUCACACAGCAACGCCAUGGCAAACAUGGAAGUAGACCCAAAAGCUGAAGACUGGGACCCAGAGUUCACUCCCAAGAGCAGAAAAUACUACUUGCACGACGACAGAGAACGAGAAGCAGAGCUCAAGUGGUUUGAAAACCGAGGGCGCGGACGGGGAAGCGCCUCGCGUGGAAGAGCUCGAUUUAUCAUCCGCAAAGCCGCUGGAGGCCCCAACACCGACAGCCCCAAAAGGGCCCAUGAUAAGUUCCAGAUCAACGGGGAGCAAGGCAGCGCUCAGGAAGAGGAGAGACAACAGGACCAUAAAGAUGGAGGAAUGGAAGGGGAGAAGACUUGAGCAGCGAAAGAGGAUGCUGAGAUUCUUAAUUUUCUUCUUCACUUUUAAACAAUCUCACUUUGUGAUUCUACAUAGCACAAUGGACUCUUUUAAACUUUGAUUUCAGCGUAAGAUUCUGACUUUACUUUAAACAUAACAAUUUUCCAUAUAAGGAUAGAACUCAUAGCUAGUAGAUGCACUGUUUAAAGGGUGAAUUGAUGUUUCUCGUAAAAAUGUGGUUUUAAGUUACAUAUUUUUAGCUUUUUACGGUUAAGUGGAAAUGUUCUAUGCGUAAAAAAAAAGAAAUUUGUAUUUUUGAGUAAUUUAAAAAAAAAUAAUAAAUGCGUGUGCCUUAUACUUGUGCAACUGAAGAAAUGUUUUGUGAGUGGGUUACAAGAUUAAUAAUGUUAAACGUUCUGGAAAAACAGGCUCUUGCUUUGAGCUGUGUCUUAUCUGGAUUGAAAUUGCAGUAAUAAAAACACUGUAGGUCAUGUUAACAUAAGAACGUCAUUGUUCGGUCAAUGCAACACUCUUCAAAGACCCUGAUCUGACACGGGACCAAACUGUAAAGGGUCAAAGGUUAUGCUCUACAAUCCUUCUUUGUUCAACACCCAACAGAUCAACACAACUAGCUGGCUUAUGUGUUUCUCAUUAAACAUUUUAACAUCAAAACAAUUACAUUACAGUAGCUAUUAGUUUCAUCGUGGAUAACACUAAUCAACGUAUAAUAUUGGUGGUGAUUAUACUCUUUUCCCAAACACAUAAUUGUACUUGGCUACGUAGAAUUUAACUUCCGUAAAGGAAUUCCCCCAUACAUACACUGAUGUGUUUUUCAUUUGAGCUUUGAAACAAGCCAAUGAUGAUUUAAUCACUUAUGUAAGUUGUGUCCAACGGUGUCAACAUUGUGGUAAAAAUGCUCAAAAUGUGCAUUUGUUUAGAAAACAGAGUAAAAAGAGUUAUCAUCACUAAAUGACUUGAAGUCUAGAAUAAGGCUCAUCUGUGUUUGGACAACUGCCAAUAUUAUUGAAUUACAUUUACAUUUUAGUGCCUUGCUGUGGAUCCGCUGGUCUUAUUUGUACAAUUCAGGCCAACAGAUUCGGACUCACAGUUUUAAGUGUCACCUGCUUUGAGAAUAUUGUUUUUUUUAAAUAGAUGUUGAUAAUGUUUUUUCUUCUUGGAGACUGUAAAUUAAAGAGACACUGAUUACUUUAA